AUGGCGGCGGCGGCAUGGCCGCCGGAUUCCCCGCUGGAGUGGCGGGCGCGCCUCCGCUCUGUGGCGCGGGAGGAGCCCCCGGGGCUGCCCGAGCCUGCGGGGGCGCGCUGUCCGUCGUCGCGCGCCAGCACGUGGGUCCAGGCCUCCUUGGACGGCACGGAGGCCACUCCGGCCAGCUCGCUGGCGGAACUCGCGGAGCUUUCGCCCCCGCCGCCCGUGCGCCCGCCGACGCGGCCGGAGCCGCCCGAGGCACCGCCCCCCACAGACGACGCGGGGCCCGCAGGAUCUGCGCGCCGAGCGGCGAUUGCCGCCCCGUGGCUGCCAGCGCCCGUUCCUACGAGGUGCGCGGCGCCCGGCCGCUGCGCGAGGCCAGAGGUCGCUGGCGGGCAGCCGCCUGGUGCAGGGGAGGCGGCGGAGGCGCUCCUCGGGGCGCGCCUGGAGGAGUCCCUCGCGCAGGCCCUGGACGCCUCGCUCGGCCCCGCGCUGGCGCGCGCGCUCGCCUCCGCGCCCCUGCUCGACGCGCUGCGGCUGGCGGCGGCCGCGGCGGGCUGCGAGGCCCUCCAGGUACGGUCUGUGAUUCGCUUUUUCUUGGCAGAACAGAUUCCAGCUUGGAGUAACUUCUUGAUUGCUGAUGUUGGUGUCUACCUUGGCGCACAUAUUGGACCUGGAGCGACCAAUGAACUGCAAUGGUUGAAGGCGAUCCCGAAGUGGUGGGACCGUCUCUUUGCCUUGUCUACUUCUGGCGCCCCGACGGAUGCACUGGCACGGCUAUAUCAGACCUCGAGCAUCACGGUCCUGAGCUACCUCGCGCAAUUCUUCUGGCUUCCUAAAGUGGCUCUGACACGAGAAAUACAUGCCCUGCAUCGUGUUCUGCGUAUGCCCCCGAGCACGUUCAGGCUUCAGGAUAUCCUAGCGAUGUCGACAUGGAUGACGUCCCCUUCGCCAACAUCCCUCAAACUGUACAAUGUUGCCACGAUGUGGCGCAUGGCCAACUACACGAUCGUAGGCUGGACGCACUUUCUUGGCUUGCUCGACGCCAUGGCGGUCCAAUACUGCCCGUUACCUGCAUUUGCGAGGGGACGAUGGUCACCCCCUUUCUGGAAAGAGCCGAUGGCUAUAGUGCAGCGCUACGCCGCCCUGAACUCGGGCCAGUCCCCGCUGCUACCGACGACGCACGUGCAGCUGGACACCGUCCGCGACCUCAACGAUCUGUCCACCAAGAUCUGCCUCGAGACGGGCCUCAUGCUGCGCCCCGCGGACUCGAUGCAUCCGUGCCUGCAGCGCCCCAUCCUGCCCGACGGCCUCGACCUCAACACCUUCGACACUGCCUUCGACGCCGUCGCCGAUGGGGUCGACAACGACUUCAUGUGA